AUGAAGUGGACUUCAGCCGUUUCUCUUGGUCUUGCGGCCACGGCCAUGGCGGCCGACGAGCCUGCUGGGUGCAGCACUUCUCGCGACGGCAAGUUCCAGGUUUCUAUCUAUUCUCUUGGUGAGGCCAAACGCAGCAUUGAAAAACGAGCUUGCGAAGGUGAAGGCACUCUGGUCAUGACUCUCAAGGACGGCGUUUUGAAGGACUCCCACGACAGGACUGGUUACAUUGCUUCCAACUAUCAGUUCCAGUUUGACGCCCCUCCUCAAGAAAACGCCAUCAAGUCAGCCGGGUUUUCGGUCUGCAAGAACGGCUCUCUUGCCCUUGACGGCUCUACUGUGUUUUACCGAUGCCUCUCCGGUGACUUCUACAACCUGUACGACCGCCACUGGGCUGCUCAGUGCUCUCCCAUUGAGAUUGUUGCCACCUCCUGCAAUGGCGGCAACGGCGGUGGCAGCGAUGGCGGCAAUGGCAACAAGCCUGUUGGCACUAGCAUGGUACAAACUACUAUCGUCACUGCCCUCAGUGAUGGUCAGCCUCAGGUCCAUACUACGGCCGUGCCCAUCCCCAUGUGCCAGAUCGGCGACGGUCAGGUUCAGGUCCGCACAACUCCUUGUGCCUCGGUUCCUCCCCAGGCUCCCACCUCACUCGCGGCACCGCCUGUCAGCCAAAUCUCGGACGGACAAAUUCAGGCUCCUCCCAAGACCGCUGCACCACCUCCUCCCGUCAGCCAGAUCUCGGACGGCCAGCCUCAGGCUCCUACUCAAACCCAGGCUCCUCCCCCACCCGUCAGCCAGAUCUCGGAUGGUCAGCCCCAGGCGCCGACCAGCGCUGCGCCUCAGGCUCCCACUGCUGUUCCUACUGCCGCCGCCAACAGGGCUUUCCCCAGCAUUGUGGCUGCGGUCAUUGCCGUAUUCGGUGCCGUCCUUUACCUGUAA